AGACAGACGGCGGGCGGAGGGCAGUGCUGAAAAGUCGUCACAUCAGGAAGAGAGGGCCUUUCCCCCUUCUCUGACCCUCAUGCUAAGAGGAUACUAGUGACCACUGAUCAAGUCCGAAGCGGGCACUGGGCACGCUGACUCACCAUGGGCAAUGAGAGCAGCACCUCGGGCGACCAGCAGUGUACGAGGGGUCCAGUUUCUCUGCACACUGGCCAUCAUUUGCAAGAGGAAUCCGGCUUGAAUAACAUCAUCCUUUGGCCUCCAAACCCUGAACCUCUACAGAGGACUUCUUUGGCUCCGAGUGCAGGAUCCGUGGAACGGCCUGGGAACAGUCAGAGUGCAGAAAGGAAGCCGGAGGAGAAGGCCAGAAGCAAUGACUGCAGAGAUCUGCCCAGCGUCGGGCACGGAGGUUCCCGCUCCGCUUCUGAAGGUGCCGCCAGCCGGUAUCCCUGCAUCGUGUCCCCAGAGGUGACUGAGCCAAGGAAGCACCCACGGGAAGCCAGGGGCCAAGAAGAUUCUCCACUGCCCAGCCCACCGGAGCCCUGGGAGCAGGGGAGCCCCUUGGCCUCCGUGCCCUUUGCCGAGGGCACCCCGAAAGUUUGCUCGGCCAGCCCAGCAGCGGAACCCGAAGAUUGUCCCCUGGCUCAACACCCCCAGAGGGAACCUUCCCCCAAUGCCCCAGGAUACGCCCCAGCAGCCUUUGUCCCUGGGAUGGACAGCUCUGCUCGGCGCAGGGUGGUUGCAAUUGCCCCCAGCGCCGGCAGAGAGAGAGGACCGAAGGAAGAAGAGGGACAGAAACUGUCUUCCUCCAGUUCCAUUGACCAGUUGCCGGGAAUUUCAGCAGCUUCUCCUCGAGAGCCGAUGAAGGCGCAGCUGUGUGGAGAGGAUGGCUGGCCUGGUGGUUUUGAGUCCCAAGGGAAAGAGGCUGCAGGUGGCUUUCCCCUGCCAGAGUCUGGGCGGGGAGCCCCCAUGGCCCCUGCUGCAGCCCCACCAGGCCAAGAGAGCUCAGCCGGCCUGGAAGAGUCCCCCCCAAAACCCGAGAACCCGACCCCACAAGAUCCAGCCCCUAAAUGCCAAGCGGAGGGGCCGCCUCAGGACUUCACCGAUGACUCGGGAGUCCUCAGGGCCUGCCCUCCCAGCGGGAGUGCUUCGGGGGCGACCCAAGGAGCCGAAGCGAAGGUCGCUGCCCGGGAAAGCUGCCCGCGGCAAGUGGGAGCGCAUCCGCCGCCCACAGAGCUGCCCUGGGAGUCACUGGGUCCUGCCCUGGCACCGGGGGCCAAGGGCUCUUGGGAGGAGACUCUGGACGCCCCUGAUGCUCGGGGUCACUCACAGACAGGGGGGCAAGGAGCCGAGCCCCGUCAAGCUGUCUGUGUGACGGCAGGUGACCAGCCCGAGGGGGGCCUGCUUGGGAGCCCCGAGCCUGCCCCACACGCAGCGACUGAAGAAACGGAUCCAGCUUCAAGCCUCACUUCACAGCCAGCUGCUCGGGCCUCUGCUGCUGCAGAACAGCCCAGAGAGAUGAUCUCUGGUGCUGAGAGGCCUGUUCUUACAGAUCUGGCUAAAGAGCAGGCAGAAGCAGGGUUGGCAGGACAGGAGAAGCACGCAUCAGACCUCGGAGGAGAGGGAGCGGGUCCAGAAGGGGGCCCCAGAGAGGUUCCUGCUCCUUCACCCCCGGAGGAGAGGGAAGAGCUCUGGAAUAGGGAGCAAAGCCACGAGGUCCGACAAGCGGUCCUGCCUCUUCCCCCUGCCGGUGCAAGUGCCAGAAGGUCACUGGGGCCAAAGGCUGAAGCCAAAGCCCCUGAAGGUCCAGCUGUGGCUAAGGAAAGCAGACUACCUGCGGCCGACCCUAGAGGACAGGAAGCAGCCCCAGAGCCAGUUGAGGGUGCAGAUCCUGGGAACCUUCAGGGAGAGCAAUCCAAAGCCUGUGGCUGCAAGAAGCCUGACCCAGAGCGGGAAAAGGAUGAGGUUUCACAGCUAACUGGCGAUGUGGGGAGCAACAGCCUUCCCAGCAUGGCCUCAGCACAGCCACUCAGAAAGGAGGCCCCCGGGCCUGUGGACAGGCCCGGUUCCCCAUCAGAAGAUGCAGCUUGGAGCUUGGCGGCCUGGGGGAUGAUGGGAGAAGCCCAAGUGGUCCAUGCAUCUGCUGCACUGCACCAGCUCCAGGAGCAGCAUCCCAUCCCACCCUCUGGGCCGGAUGGAGCCGGUAAACACGUUUUUCCCCAGGGAGCUGUCUGGGAGGGGCCAGGACUGCAGACCAAGUAUCCUGACACCUUUCAGGAUGUGGGGGGAUUGGGAAGAAUGGACCUUCUUCCUGCUUUAGAAUCAGAGAAAUCGGAUUUCCUGUCGACUCCUGCUACAGAGGUCGUCCCCAAAGCCCAGGAGGCGGAGGGCAAAUCUGAAAUAAAGACGAGGAGCCACCCAUCCGCGCAGAGGCCCGGCAGCUGUGAUGAAGAGGGCUUGCAGACACCACCCCACGCCCAUGGGCUGGGGCGCGACGCAGCCGGCCAGGAGGUCCACACCGAUGGUCUCCCUCCCCCUGAGGAGGAGAACUUGGCAGUGGACAGUGGGUUCGCGACCCUCAGCCUGGAGCAAGAUCAGCAGGAAAAGCUGUCCUGCCCGGGGGACAGCGGGAUACGAGUGGCUGCAUCUGGGAGGCCCUCGCUGUAUUCUGAGAACCGUCUCCAGCAGCCCCAAACGGACACAGAAGCAUCCGUCCCUGAAACGCUCAGGGAGAAGUCCCAACAGUGCGAAAGCGAGAAAGAGACUUACCCAGGUGAUGCAGAGUUUAAGAACCUGGGUGCAGAUUCUCCCCAGAGCCACAUACCCGUGGAACCUCGGGAAGAAGAUGUGAGCUUGCCCGCUCAGGGAGCAAAGGAACAGGCUUCUGAACCAGAACUUCAAAGUGAGCUCACCAAGGGCAGUCUGUCUGAUGCUCCAAGUUCAGCUCCCGGGCACACAGUUCCGGAGUCAGCCCCAAAGAGACCGGAGUUGUCUACACUAGGGGGGAGUGGGCAAGAGGGAGAAUGCAGUGGCAGUCAGCUGUCCGGGGGCCCACCUCCGGCAGCAGACACCUCACAAGACUCUUCUCUUGCACGCGGCUUGAGCAGAAAGGAAAGUUGCUGUGCUGGACAGGGGCCAAACAAGUCCCAGCAGGAGCUGGUUGAUGGGCGGAAAGCUGGCAGCCAGCAUGAAGAGGCAUGUCUCGGGGAUGCAGGCAUUUCGGAAGCAGCUGACGCUUGGCCCCCGCUCCGGGACUUGGGUAAGACGGAGAGGGCAAGUGGGAACGCAGUGGGGGCGCCGCCUUGUCGGCCUGAUUCAGUAGCUCUCCUGAAGGCAGCUCGCUGCCCACCAGCUCCAGCACCUGCCGGCCCCAGAGCCACACCCACUCAGGAGGCCCCAGAGAGAGAGGCCGGUGACGAAACCCAGGAGGGCAGGCGGCAGUCAGGGUUAGCCCCACAGAAGGAAAUGGAGCGUCCCACUGCCACGGAUGCGGAGGCCCAGAAGCUUCUUGAAAGUUCCCCAUCAGCCGAGGAUCAAAGUGCGGGUGGUGGGACUGCUGAGAUUGGUGGGAACGCUGACGGAGGAGACCUGGGGACACCACGGGCUCCGGGGGAGCCAGGAGAAGCUGCUCGGAGUGGUGGCUUCCUCCCAACAGAGCAGUUUCCCUCCCCUGGGGAGGAGGCUUCUACCUGUGCCCUAGGUGAGCCCUGCCUAGCUGAGCAGCCCUCCGCCAGCCGCCAGGAUGCCUUGCUGCCAGCCAGAGAGCUGGGUGGGAUUCCCAGGAGCGAGGUGGAUAUUUCUGCAGCCCAGGCUGUCCCUGACCCAAAGAGGCUCCUGUCGUCCAGGCCACCAGAAGAGGCUGCCCCUGGCACUCCUUACCUGCAUGUGGAGGGCGCUGCCAGGAAAGGGGCAGAAGACAGUGGCGUGAAAGCUGUUUCACCUCAAGGCCUCAGAGCUCCCGGUGAAAGCCCUCGUCCCACACGGGAGCCCCUGCUUGUCUUGGAAAAUGCCUCCUCCACGAAGGUACCGUGUGGCUCCCCUGCCUUCCUCUGGCAACCAGGAGCCGCAGGUGAGGAAAUCUCUGCCGUGCCAGCCAGCAGCGGAAGCCCCCAAGCUGGGACCUCUGAGGGACCCGCGGACUCCGUGCCCUACCUGGACAGGGUGCCACUUCUGGCCAAGGGUAAGCAGACCACAGAGGAGCAGAAAGGGUCAAGAGCUCCCGGGGCAAGUGCCAAGCCCAGUGAACUCUCAGCACACCUUGCCAGUGAGGAGAGCACGGCAGGUGAUGCAGCAAGGGAGAGAGAGCGCAGUGGGGAGAGGAUGGUAGACCCUUCCGAGGAUCCCAGGAAGGGAGGAUCAGCCGGUGUAGACGCAAGCUCCAGGCUGACCAGUAUGAUCUCUGGGCUCCCUGACUUCAGGGAACACAUCACCAAGAUCUUUGAGAAGUCUGUGCUUGGAGCCCUGACCGCCGAUCGGCCCCAGAGCACACUGGGAGAAAAGGCAGGAGCUGGGAAGAGUGUGAUGGCCAAGGACCUUGCCACGCCAAGCCCAGAGAAGCUUCCAGAUGGGACUCGAGGAGUGGCCAUCGCCCCUCUCCCCACCACUCCUGCUGGACUCUGGGAACAGUCAAAGGAGAAGCAAGAGCUGGCUGUCGAGGCUGAGAUUUCUCGUCUGGGUCCCCAGGAUCCAGCUCCAGAGAAGCUGCCGGGGCCAGCACGGCCAGCUGCAGAGCAGAGCCUGCCAGGUGCCAGUGUGGGGAAGCAAAUGAGCGGGCCUCCACAGCCGCUGACAGAAAGCAAGAAGCCAGAGGGGGCUGGGGAAGGCUGGCCGGGGCUUGGGAGCCAGGCCCCCUCACAGCAGGAAAGCUACCUGCAGGAGUCAACUUCGGGCCUGUCUUCACGGGGGACCUCUCCAGAGAGUCCCAAUGCUGACUGGCAUGUGGCUCCCCGGGGCCUUGGAGAAGGGGACGCAGCUCAAGACGACAUAAUUCCUUCUGGAAAACAGCACCAGGAAACAUCUAGCUGGGACAGCCAACCCAGAGAAGAUGGUGCCCAGGGCUUUUCUCACCCAGGGGCUCUGGGUGACAUGUCAGUGUCCACCUCUGCCCAGGGAGCAUCUUCUUCCCGUGGGAAUGUUCUGACUGUGGCCGAGGCCAUCAGUGAGGCCUGUACCCCAGACACACUUAGGGGUGAGAGGACGCAUGGAGGUGCUGCUGGGAUCUCGGAGACACAGGACGCCCUGGGCACCCAGAGCACCCUGGAGCCCCCAGCUGGGGAAGAGGCGGACACUCCCCUGGAGCCCGGCUUGGGAACAGAAGCUGCUAGGGAAGCAGAGGGUGACGUCACUGUGAGCACGGCUGAGACCGGGGCACGUGUGUCUGCCCACCCGCCUGAAGCAGGUACUGCGAGCAUGUUCUCUGGUGCGUCUUGUGCCUCGGCUCUGCCGGGAGGCCGAGGGGACCCAGGCUGCUGUGAAGGGGCUCUGAGGAUGGAGGCUGCAGCCGCCCCGAGCGGGGACAGCCCGGCCGGGCACCCGCAGGCUGAGGAGCAAGCUGGGCCUGAGCUCCCCGCUCCUGCUGGGGAUGGGAAGGUGCGUGUCUCCUCACCUGCAGAACCUGGCGAGAUUCGGGACCUGAGGCUGCAAAGCCUGGAUCCAGAAGCGCUCGACGCCGAGAGAAAGAGCUCUGGGCCGGGCCCAUCCACCUUACCUUUGGUUCCUGAGAAGGAUUUUCCAAAUGUCAUGGGCGAGGUCAUUUCAGAGGAGACCACAAGUGCGGCCGGAGCAGAAAGUGCAUCUCAGUUUGGACCGGCCACACUCCAAGCCCUCAACAGUUCCACAUGUUCACCUGUAGUGGAUGAUGUCAUCCAACCAGCUGCCCUUGAAGACCUGGAAAACCCUCUCUUAGCUGCCUUCUCCCCCCACGGUGACGUCAGCGGCUGGGUGUCCAGGGACUUGACAGCCCAGAGGAGUUCUGACUCUGAAGAAGCAUUUGAGACCCCGGAGUCAACGACCCCCGUGAAAGCUCCACCGGCCCCACCUCCGCCACCCUCUGAAGUCGUUCCAGAACCCGAGGUCAGCGCUCCGCCUCCCCCAGAAGAACCAGGAUGUGGCUCUGAGCCGGUCUGUGUCCCCGAUGGCCCCCUCAGCGGCUCGGUGGAAGGAAGUCCCUUCCGUCCUCCGACACACUCCUUCUCCUCCGUCUUCGACGAGGACAAGCCGAUAGCCAGCAGCGGGGCUUACAACUUGGACUUUGACAACAUCGAGCUGGUGGAUGAUUUUCAGACCUUGGAGCCUCGCUCCUCAGACUCUAAGAAUCAGGAUUGCAAGGUGAACUCACGGAGGAAGUCCACGGACUCUGUCCCCAUCUCUAAGUCGACGUUAUCCCGCUCCCUCAGCCUUCAAGCCAGUGACUUUGAUGGUGCUUCUUGCUCAGGCAGUCCCGAGGCCGCGGCCCCGGCCCCAGAUGCACAUAGCACGGGUUCGAGCAGUGCUUCCAGUACCCUUAAGCGAACUAAGAAACCGAGGCCACCUUCCUUAAAAAAGAAACAGACCACUAAGAAACCCCCUGAGACCCCCCCGGUGAAAGAGACACAGCAAGAGCCAGCCGGAGAGAGUCCCGACCCCAGUGAGGAAAAUCGAAUAGCCGAGACAAGAACGGAAUCAGCCAAGACGGAAGGUUCUGGAGCAGCCUUAUCCGAGGAGGCACCCGUAGAACCUGCUGCUCUGCCCAAGGCUGCCUGCCCUCUGGACUCCGAGGGUGCGGAAGGGGCCAUCCCCCCAGCCUCUGGGGGUGGCAGAGUGCAGAACUCACCCCCCGUUGGAAGGAAAACAUUGUCUCCUGCCACGGCCCCAGAGGUGGCAGAGGUGUCCCCACUGGAUAGUGGGGGGCAAGACGUCUCCCCAGCCAAAGGCCUCUCAGUGAGGCUGGAGUUUGACUAUUCUGAGGACACGGGUAGUUGGGACGCCCAGCAGGAAAACCCCCCUCCCACCAAAAAGGCAGGCAGAAAGCCGGUUGCCAAAAUGCCCCUAAGGAGGCCAAAGAUGAAAAAAACACCCGAGAAACUCGACAACACUCCUGCCUCGCCUACCCGGUCCCCUGCUGAACCCAAUGACAUCCCUAUCGCUAAAGGUACCUACACCUUUGAUAUUGACAAGUGGGAUGACCCCAGUUUUAACCCUUUUUCUUCCACCUCAAAAAUGCAGGAGUCUCCCAAACUGCCCCAACAGUCAUACAACUUUGACCCGGACGCCUGUGAUGAGUCCACUGACCCCUUUAAGACAUGCUCUAAGACCCCCAGCUCACCUUCUAAAUCCUCAGCCUCCUUUGAGAUCCCAGCCAGUGCCAUCGAAGCCAAUGGAGUGGACGGGGAUGGGCUGAACAAGCCCGCCAAGAAGAAGAAGACGCCCCUCAAGACUGACACAUUUAGGGUGAAAAAGUCGCCAAAACGGUCUCCUCUCUCUGAUCCACCUUCUCAGGACCCCACCCCCGUGGCCACGCCGGAGACGCCGCCCGUGAUCUCCGCGGUGGUCCACGCAACCGACGAGGAGAAGCUGGCGGUCACCAGCCAGAAGUGGACGUGCGUGACGGUGGACCUGGAGGCUGACAAACAGGACUACCCACAGCCCUCGGACCUGACCACCUUCGUAAACGAGACCAAAUUCGGUUCACCCACGGAGGAGUUGGAUUACAGAAACUCCUAUGAAAUCGAAUAUAUGGAGAAAAUUGGUUCCUCCUUACCUCAGGAGGACGACGCCCCGAAGAAGCAGGCCUUGUACCUUAUGUUUGACACUUCUCAGGAGAGCCCCGUCAAGUCGCCCCCCGUCCGGAUGUCGGAGUCCCCGACGCCGUGUUCCGGCUCAAGUUUCGAGGAGACUGAAGCCCUUGUGAAUGCCGGGGCAAAGAUCCAGCAUCCCGUUGCACGAGGGCUGGCCCCCAACCAGGAGCCACACUUGCAGGUGUCAGAGAAAUCCUCCCAGAAAGAGCUGGAGGCCAUGGCCUUGGGCACUGCAUCAGAAGUGAUUGAAAUUACAGCUCCUGAGGGCUCCUUUGCCUCUGCUGAUGCCCUCCUCAGCAGGCUAGCUCAUCCAGCCUCUCUCUGUGGUGCGCUUGGCUAUCUGGAACCCGACUUAGCAGAAAAGAACCCCCCAGUAUUUGCUCAGAAACUUCAGCAGGAGGAGUUAGAGUUUGCCAUCAUGCGGAUAGAAGCCCUGAAGCUGGCUAGGCAGAUCGCCCUGGCUUCCCGUAGCCGCCAGGACACCAAGAGAGAAGCUGCUCACGCAACAGACGUCACCGUCUCCAAAACAGCCUUGUAUUCCCGCAUCGGGACGGCCGAGGUAGAGAAACCCACGGGCCUUCUGUUCCAGCAGCCUGACCUGGACUCCGCCCUCCAGAUCGCCAGGGCAGAGAUCAUAACCAAGGAGAGAGAGGUCUCGGACUGGAAAGAUAAAUACGAAGAAAGCAGGCGGGAAGUGAUGGAAAUGAGGAAAAUAGUGGCCGAGUAUGAGAAGACCAUCGCCCAGAUGAUAGAGGAUGAACAGAGAGAGAAGUCGGUCUCCCACCAGACGGUCCAGCAGCUGGUCCUGGAGAAGGAGCAAGCCCUGGCCGACCUGAACUCGGUGGAGAAAUCUCUGGCCGAUCUCUUCAGGAGAUACGAGAAGAUGAAGGAGGUCCUGGAGGGCUUCCGCAAGAAUGAAGAGGUGCUGAAGAAGUGUGCGCAGGAGUACCUGUCCCGAGUAAAGAAGGAAGAGCAGCGGUACCAGGCGCUGAAGGUCCACGCGGAGGAGAAGCUGGACAGGGCCAACGCUGAGAUCGCACAGGUCCGGGGCAAGGCCCAGCAGGAGCAGGCUGCGUACCAGGCAAGCCUGCGGAAGGAGCAGCUUCGAGUGGACGCUCUGGAAAGAACGCUGGAGCAGAAGAAUAAAGAGAUAGAAGAACUCACCAAGAUUUGUGAUGAACUGAUUGCCAAAAUGGGGAAAAGCUAACUUUGAACCAAAUGUUUGGACUUUGACCAUUGCGUGCAAUAUGACCGUCAGCACACUGCUGUCCCUCUGGUUACGUGGACAGGUUCUGUUUUCACUUUUUCGUAUGCACUACUGUAUUUCCUUUCUAAAUAAAGUUGAUUUGAUUAUAUGCAGUACUAAGGAGACUAUCAGAAUUUCUUGCUAUUUGUUUGCAUUUUCCUAGUAUAAUUCAUAGCAAGUUGACCUCAGAGUUCCUGUAUCAGGGAGAUUGAUUCUCUAAUAAAAGACAAAUCGCUGACCUUGGCCUUGCCCUUUGUACAUGAGUUUCCAGGGUGAGCGGCUUUUGGAUUUAAUAUGAUCAUGUACAGCUUGCAAAGGGACUCUUGCCUUAAGGAGUGUAAACUUGAUCUGCAUUUGCUGAUUUGUUUAAAGAAAAAAAAAGAAAAUGCAUGUUUCAAAUAAAAUUCUCUAUUGUAAAUAAAUUUUUUUCUUUGGAUCUUGGCAA